AUGUCUUCAUCAUCUUCUUCGCUAGUUGCUGCAGCCACAUUGGCUGGAAUUACUUUCUUCGGAUUGAUUUUCUUCAAAGAAUCUCUUCUUUCCUCUGACAAAGGAAAGGUUUUUGUUGGAUUUUUGUGUAGCUUGAUUUACAUGUUUAUUCUCACGGCUUACGGAAAUCUCAAAUCCAGUAUUAAAUGGUACGACAUGGUUUUAUGCUUGAUUCCUGCAGAGAUUUUUGCAUCAACCCUUCAUGGAGUUUGUGUUACAACAUGCUUUUUGUUCUCUAUGGCAAUUUCGUAUGAAAUGUAUAAAGUUUCUCAACAUAUUUAUGGUGGCGAGACCGAUAGCUCUGUUACAGUAUCACCAUUCGACAAGAAACGGAAAUAA